AUGGCGCCUCCCAUUCCAGUCUUCAGUGCCAACGAGAUCCAUCAUCGAUACGACGAGCAAAUGCAGAACCCCGAGAAAUUCCAAUGCCAUCUCAAAUCAUUGACGCAACACGAGUGCACAUUUCGACCCAGCACGCCCCAGAGAUCAACCCCAGAGUUCAUUUGUCUACCGUUCAAGCGAAUCUUUAGACGCUGCCUUGUCCCCACGCUCACGAAACGAAGUAACGGCGAGAAAGUAAAGGGGGAGAAGUGGAUCAAUAUCGAAGUGACCGACGCGCAGACGAAUGCAGAUUUGUUGGAUCGCGAUUCAAAGUAUUCCAAAUAUGUGCAGGAGUUCUUGACUGCUGAGAAGGAACUUAAGGAGCUCAUUGAAGAGUCUGAACGGUUUUGA